CGUCCCGUUUCGUUUGUUGCCGGCAUGUUUUUUCGCAAUUUGCAAAUAUAAGGAGAAAUGUUGAGCAUUUAAUAACAGACGCUUUGUGAGUAGCAAAUAUUUAAUAAUAGAUUGAUUUAACAGAAAAUGCGUAUAUAGAAUCCGAUAUUUAAUAUUAACUAGGAGUCGCAAAUAUGGAAUCCUUCGUGUUCGAAUCUGUCCUAAGCUUGGCGGAAUGGGAAACAGUACCCGCCGAAAUCGGUAAAAAAAUAUCUGUGUUCGUUAGUGAAAAAUUCGAUGAACUAAUAACUUCGAAAGCCCUACUGGAAACCAAAAGUUCAAAUUCAGAUAAAAGAUGCACAGAUCUUAGCGAUCAAAACAAAACUUUCUUAAGCGAAAAUGAAUCUCUGACCGCUCGUUUGGAGGCGGCUGCAGCCUCAAUCUCGGAACUGGAAAAUCAGGUUUCAACCAUGUCAGCAGACGUCAUCCGAUUACAGACCCAGGCAAAUCAACUAGAAGAGGAAGCGGCUAGAUUUAGACAAGAGAGAAAUCUUGCUGUUAAUGAACGCGAUGAACAUGUUAAACUGCUACAAAGACGUACGUUUGAAAUGGAAAGGAUGCAAAUGGACCUGAAUACCUUGGAAAAACAACUUGAGGACGCUGUAAAGGCAAAAUGUGAGGCUUUGGCUAAUGCUGAUGAGGUGAAAUCCAUGAAACUUACUCUUGAGUAUAAAGAGAAAAGGUUAGAACAAGAGAAGUCAUUGAUGAACAGUAAUAUUGAAAAUCUUACAGAGGAAUUACGACAACGCACUGAUGAACUUUUGAACAUGAGACGUGACACCACGUCUCGUUGUGUACAGCUGGAUAUUAAGCUAGCUGAGAAAACUCAAGAACUAAUAGUGGCCAAUGAACAGCUCAAAGCAGUAACAGAACUAAAUGAAAAUUUGACUCAGAGAAAUGAGGAGCUUUCCCAGAAGAUAUUCAAUUUGAGUGAGGAGCAGGCUAAAGUAAACCAAACUUAUAUUUGUGAAAUUGAAGCUAAAACCAAAAUGAUGAAUUCAUAUAAGGACAUGUAUGAGAGCAGCCAGAAGCAUGUUGAGGAGCUUCAAGCAGCUUUGAAAGAGGUUCAAGAACUACUAGCUGAGUCAACUGAAAAAUACGGAGAACUUGAAACGAAACUCAAAGAAUCUGAAUUAAUGAAUGAAGAAAUUAUCGCCAAGAAAAACGACUGUAUUGCCAUGCUUAAAAAGGAACUUGAAACGGCCAACCAGGUUCUUGAACAAUUUAAAGACGAUUCAUUAGGUCGACACAUGGAAGGCUUAUCAUCAUCGGUAGCGUCAAUGACUAGAACCACACAUACAGGAAUGACUUAUACAGAAGUUUAUUCCCGUUAUGUCUCGGUGAAUGACCAGCUGGCCUCCAAAGAAGAGGAAUGUGCAAGACUGAACAACUACAUUUCCAGCAUUGUCAGGGAAAUAGAAGAGAAAGGACCGCUAAUAAAACAGCUACGCCAAGAAUACAGCGACGCUUUGGAUGCUAUAGAAACCCUUAAAGAGUCAAAUGAUGCAUUGCUUACCGAACUAACAGAAUUACGCGAAGCGAACUCCGUUAAUAAACGUAUGGAGGGCCAAGUAGCACGCGAGAACCAAAAAAUGAAAAAAGAAAUCGCUGAUCUUUCACGACAGGUAGUCCAUCUGUUACAAGAAAUUGAACAUUCACGGGUCGGAUCUUCAUCGGCGUCUACUGAUAAUGAUAUGAGUGACAGUGUAAGCUCGGCAGAAAUAAUUUCGAAACGCCUGGUGACUUUCAAUGACAUUUCCGAACUUCAAGCAACCAAUCAAAAGCUGCUUGCUAUCGUCCGGGAAUUAACCGAGAGGCAAGAGGAAGUCGAAUCGUUCGAUCCGUCAGCCGUGGCGAAUUUGCAGCGAAAACUCGAAGAACUAAGAAAUCAGCAGAGCGAAUUACUGCAAGAACGCGAACAGCAGACCAAGAUGAUGGCUUCUUUACGCAACCAACGGGAAAUGUACAAAAACCUUUACACUCAAGCUAUGAAAGGAGCCGGAGAUAUGCCUAUGCCGUCAGAAACUUUUAAUGAUCCAGAGAGCGGGGACGCGUCUAAAAAAAGUUCAGAUGGGGAGCUCAAUAUGCACUCCGAUGAAAAAGUACAGGAGUUGCAGUUGCAAGUGGACAAACAUAAAAAACUGGUAGAUCAGCUAAAAGAAGAGUACGAAACUUACCGCAAAGAGCGAUUAGAGCACGAGAAGAUGUUACUGGAACAACUGAAAACUUUAAGAAAUGAAGCUAAAGAUUUAGUGGUUCAAAAUACUAAGCUGACAUCUCGCGCGGAACUUAACGAGGAAAGAAUCCGAGUGUUGCAGAACAACGUGGAAGUGUUUAAGAAACAAAUAACCGCGCUAGAGAAGAAAAAUCAAAUCUCUAGUGAGUCUAUUAUUAAGCACGAGCAAAUGGCUGAUUACUUAAAAGAUCAGGCGAUUGAAAGCCAGACCAGGGCCUCAGAACUGGAAAUCAAAAUGGCCAAUUUGGAAAAAGAAAACGCGGUUCUUAAGGACGUUGAGAGGAGACUCGUUAGGGAAAUGGACAUGCUUAAAGAGAAUGUGCAACAGCAAAGCGUUAUUCAGAGCAAUGUGGAGUUGAUUAAAGCCACUUUGGAUCGCAAUAAUGCUGAGAGCAAAUUGAGGCUUGAAGCUAAACUAGAUGAAGCAUACUUAGAGUGUUCUUCGUUACGCAGACGUUUGGGUGAAGAGCAGGCGCACUUCAGAGAGCUUUCCACUCACCUCAACAAGCAAACUAAACAAGCUCAAGAAAGAAUGGAAGAGGAGAAGCAGGCGUCUGACAAAUUACGCAAAGAAGUGGCAGAAUUGAGAGAAGAACUUAUGAAUAAAACAACUUACAUCGAAGACCUAUCAAUGAAAUUGAAGAGUAGUGUGUUCAACAUCCCCGACUCGAGCGAUGAUGGCCGUAAAUUGAGAGAACUGGAACAACAGCUAGCCGACGCUCAAGCAGAAAUCAACUCCCUAAAAACCCGAUUGAAAAACACAAAAACUGCUUCGGAAGAAUAUUUCGACAUAGCGCAAAAUUCAGAGAAGCAACUCAAAGAAGUUCUGGACAAGGAACAGGGAUACUUGAACGAGAUUGAACGCCAAAAGCAGUGCGUCCGGGAGUUACAAGACAAAUGCGCCGAACUAGAAGGCGAAUUGUCCAUUCAAAUGGACGAUCAAGAUAUCGCCAAUUCAAGUAUCAAGAACAAGUCGCAAAAAUUACAAGAAGAACUUAACGUUAAGUCGUUGGACCUGCGUGCCGCCAGAGAGCAGCUAGAAAACGCCAUCAGUGACAUUAAGAAUUUAAAUGAGCAACUGAAAGCCGCGGAAAAUAAGUACGCAAGAGAAAUCACUUUGCAUUCAGCAGAUCUCCAAGCUCUGGUCGAUGUGAAGGCCGAAUUGGAAGCCGCAGUCUCACAAGUGAAGAAUUUAGAAGCAGAACGAGACCGUGCCGUAUUCGCCCUUAAGGAAAAUGCCGAAAGUGCUGAGGCACAGCAACGCUUAUUGAACGAAGAUAGAGAAAAACUACAAGAAAGACUCGAGAACCUUAACAAUCAAAAUAGCCUAUUGCUGGACCAGAUCCAAGAAAUCAAUAACACUUUAACAAUUCUUCAAACUAAAGUCUCUUCAGAUAAUUUAAACAAGAGCUCUCAGAAUACCAGCUUAGCAGAGACAUCUUUGAACCAGUCCUUAAUUGAAGAUGAAAUGAAAGGUAGUGAACAGCUAUUGAAAAUUAUAAAAUACUUGCGACAAGAAAAAGAUAUGGCCAUCGGUAAAGCCGAUAUCAUUGAGGCCGAGCACGUCAGAUUAAAGUCGCAAUUUGAAGUGGUAUCGCAGCAGCUGCAAGAGGCCAAAGUGCAAAUUGAAGCCGAAAGGCAAAAGACUGAAGUAACCAAUUUGUCUGCGGCCAAGCAUGCGGAAAUUUUACGCAAAUUGGAAACUCUUAAUGCUAUUACAGACAGUAAUCGCAUCUUGAGGCAGGAACGCGAUGAGUUAUUGGGAGUUAUUACUGAAUUAAGAAACAGAGCUGACAAACUGGAAACCGACUUGGCUCCACUGCAAGAUAGGAACAUCGAUUUGAUGGCGAAGGCAGAUCAAAUGCAAACAGAAAAUAUUUCCCUGAGAGCUGAAUGCACAAGAUGGAGACAACGUGCUAAUCAGCUAAUCGAAAAAACAAACCGAACUAGUCCUGAAGACUGGAAGAAAUUGCAAGGCGAGCGUGAAACCCUGGCUAAAUUACUAACAGUUGAACGUGGCAAUACCGCCAAACUGACUGACGAAAAUAACAACCUUAAGCAAUCUGUUCAAAAGUUAGAAGACCAGUUGAAAUCCUUACGUGCGCAAAAUAAUGCCCAGUCUGAAGAAAACGGAAAACUCAAGGAACAAGUGGCGCGCCUCCAGAGUGAACUUACUCAAAUAACAGAACAAUUGGAGCAACAGAAUCAGAAUAAUGCCAAGCUGACCGAAGAGGUCCGGGUUCUCACAGAAGAUAUUGCGGCGAAAGAUGUUGCUAUAUCAGAACUCAGAAAUAAUCUGGCCCAAGUCAAGAAGAUUGCCAAAAAGUAUAAAACGCAAUGUGAAGGUCAGAUUAAGGAUAUCGAGUCAUUGAGGCAAGCAAAUGAGCAAAGCCAGAGCGAGCAAACUGAGAGCACCGAAAAGCAGAAUAAAUUACUUGAGCAGCAGAGAGCUGAACAUGAGGAAAAAGUUAAUCAGCUCGAAACUUCUCAUAAAGAAUCGAUUGAAGAUCUGAAUCAGCAAGUGACCAGUAGCCAAGAUCAAAUCGAAACACUUAAGAAAGAAGUUGAAAGUUUAAAGCAAGCCAGUCAGGAAAAAGAAGAGAAAUUUAAGACUUUGUUCAAAAAUGCCAAAGAACGAAUUAUGAGUCUGACAGAACAGAACACAAGUUUGAAAGAAGAACUUGGCAAAGCGGAAAAAUCGGGAGGUAGCAGGGAACCGUCUGUCGCCGAUGGUGAGAUGGGAAAUACUGAGCUGGAAGAACAGGUAAUUGUUUUGCGUCAAGAAAAAUCCGAUUUGGAAGAGAAAUUGCAGCAAGAGAAGACGGAGUACACGUCAGAAAUUGAGGCAUUGAAGCAGACUAUCAGUCAGUUGGAGAGAAAGUUAGGACAACAACAAGGUUCUAAGCCUAGCACGAGUUCUGCAUCGAGCGAUAAGUCUUCCACCGAGAGGCCUACGGCAGAUAUUAAACCUAUUCCAGGGCACUCGACAAAUACUCAAACACAAUCAGUUCCUAUUCAACCGUGGCGAAGCGGAGGCGAGCCGCCAUUGGCCAGUAUUCGACCAAUGUCACAGCAGGUGCGCACUGCGGCUGUUUUACCUACUACGCAGACUCCUAGUGCAGUGAUGGUACCGCCGCAACAGCAGGUGCAUACAACAGGAUCUUCUUCCAUCGAGGCAUUGUCCAGCAGCCCGACAUCGUCGCAUACAGAUUACGUACCAGCUACUAGUUCUGCUAGUCCUAUGAUGGGGCCCAGGCAAGUCGCUGUUCCACCCACACAAUCGACAGAGGAUGACGAUAGUAACGUUCAGGCCCAACCGGCUCCUCAGCAACAGACAUUAGCCGUUGUGUCACCGAGAGUAGAGCCCCCUAGUAGCGGCACUCAGGAGCAGGGAACUAGCUCGAGUAGUUCAAAUACCGUAACGACGACUCAGGCGGGCCAUAAAAGGCAGAGGGAACCGGACGACAGCUCUCAAGCGGAGGAAAAAAACCAGUCCAAACAGCAUAGCAAAAGGACAAGGGUUCAGUUACAGGCAGGCACGAUAAGCGACAGUGGGCUCGAAGUAGAAUAUCAGGUGCCGACCAGCAGCCAAAGAGACCAGGACGACGACGUCGUAAUCGUUGAAAGCGACGACGAUGCGGGUCCAGACGAGGGAGAUGGUGACGAUCAGGAAGAGCCCGACGAUACCGAGUCUUACGAUAUGGAGGGAAUGGAACAAGAUAACUAUGAAGAUGCGGAUUGCCAAGAUGUAGAAGACGAAGAAGAGGGAGGUAACGAAGUAGAUGUGAUCGAUGAUUCGAGCGAGGUGCCAAACCAGAGCGAGCCGCAAGCAGCGGAAGAGGAGAUAGAGCAACAAGCACAAUCUGAAGCUAUCAGCAGUGGCACUGACGCCACAGCAGGACCAUCCAGUUCAGAUAUCAGCGCGCGAGCGCCCGUUAUGCACACUACUCCUUACUCGCGUUCCCGUCUCGUACCACCGUUGCCCUCCUACAGGCAACAGCUGGAUGAAAGUGCGCUCGACGACGGAAUCGUACCGUCAACGCCGACAUUAUUUGCGCCUCGUCGUUCGGACGGUUUCGGUGAGGCGGUCAGUUCGCCUCACGUACCGUCCAGCGCCACUGGCCGUUUCACUUUUAACGAUGCGCCGCUCGCUAACGUUCCACCUACGCGCAGCGAACCUCCGGUACCCGAGCAUAGCUUGGAAGUGCCUCAAGCAGAUGAUAAUAGUACUGGCCGAAGCGUGCCCACCACACCUCUGCAAUCAUCUCCCCAAGAAUCCAUUCCUAGUGUAGUUGAUGAUCAACGCGACAGACAAACUACUCAAAGUAGCGAUGCUGAAAUUCCUCAAAUCAUGAUAAGUCCCGACGAGGAUCAGGCAACGGAAGGAAGUUCAGAGGAAGUCAUGGGACCUCCUGGCCAAGCUGGAACUUCUUCGGAGGAACCGCGGCAACACGAAGAAGCCGAAGGGGACGAUGGGGUGAGUUCGGAAGGUGAAAAACAGCCAUCGUUGGAAGAGGGCGAGGAGGAAGGAAGAGAGGCGGAGGCUUCCCCAAGUCCAGUAGAAGUUAGGAGGCCGACACGUAGCAGCGGCCCGUCAGCGAGAAGGUCUGUCAGAAUGUCACCUGCUAGUAGAGGCAGCCGUGUGGGUGGCCCUACGCCCAUCGUUUGGGGAGAUCAGAGACAGAUGUCGCCACAAAGACAGAUGCACGGAGGACGAGGACAAGCAGGUUUUAGCGGCAAUAGAUCGGCUCCUCGAAGGCCAAGGCGAAUGCAAAGGCCUUACGGACGUUUUUAAAAAAAAAAUUGUAUCAUGAUAUCUCAUUCCACAUUCAUAAUUUCAUGUUGACACAAGAAGAAAUUUGAUUAGUUUUUCAUUUAACCGUCACUAAAAUAAUCAACUUAAGUUAAGAUUUUUGUAUAUUAUUUUGUCAGUCUAGUUUUACGAAAAAAAAUCGUCGUUUUUUUAGUUUUUUUGUUGCUUUACUUUAGGAAAAACCGUUUUCUCAUGCCAAUUUCAAUAAGGACAUUAUUAUUGGUGUUAUAUUAAAUAUAUCAAACAGCCUA